AUGAUUGACUGCUUUGGACGGACAUUCAAUUUUUAUUUAUUGUAUACUGAUUAAUUAUUUUGCAACAAAUUAAUUACAACGUUAACAAAUUAAUUUUAAAUAGAAGAAAAAGAAGAAGAGAAAUAAUUAAUUAAAGAAAGAAAGAAAGUAGAAAUGAUUAUAGGAAAACUAAAAAUUUUUUUAUUUAUAUUUUUUUAUAUCUCCUUUAGUGUAAAAUAGUUUAUUUUAACGUUCAAAUGUUAAAAUAUAUUUUAUUUUUAGGAAUAAUAGGAUUAGCAAAUAGAAUUUUAUUUAAAUAAAGAUUAUAACUAGAAGCAUGUCUAUACAUUUGAUGAUAAUGUUCUAAAAGCCUCUCUAAUUAGAGAUAAAAAUGAGUAAAAGAACAAAGAAAGUAUUUGCGAAAUUAAGAAAUAGAAAAUGAAAUUAAAAACGCUUUUUAGCGGACUUUUUUCUCUCGAAGAAGAUUAAACUAGUUAAAGCACUUCAGAAGAAAGCUAAAAAAUUAUAUUAUUCUAAAAAUAUAAAGAUUAUUAAAUUGUUGUGCGAAAAAAUGGCGAUAUAUUAAUAUUUCAAAUAGCUGGCGAUAGGCUAACUCUUAUUUCUUUUUCUAAAAUUAAUCAAUUGUCUAAACCUGAUACUUUAACAAUAUCAUCAGUUUUUUUAUAUGAAGACUUCUUGUAUUUUAUUUGCGAAAACAAAGAUUCUUAUUUUUUGAAGGCUUUUUUAAUAGUGAAUCCAGAGAAAGUUAAAAGCAUAUAUGAAUCUCCUGAAAAGCUUUACGAUAGAUAGCAAAGCUAAAAAAUGAUGGGAUGCAAAAUACAAGGCGAAUACAUUUAUACUCUAAGCACUUACUUUUUAUUUUAGGUAUUUUAAAUUGAUACAUAUUAUAAAAAGCCUAAGCUUAUCAGAAAGAUAUUUAUAUGCAACAUGUUUUAGCCUCAUUACUUUGAUUUAGAUAAUUAAAAAGUAUACAUGAUUGAUGAGGAGAAAGGAGUUUUUGAGUUUUCUCUCCAUGAAAUUCACUAACAAGCAAAUAAAACAGAAUUCUGUCUAAAAGGAGAUAGCCUUUAUAAUAAGUCAAAGUCAGGACAACUAAUAAUUAAGCCUUUUAGUGAAGAAAAUUAUUUUGUAGUUAUAGGAAAAUAAAGUAACAGAAACUAUUUAGCAGAAAUACAAAACGAUAAUGCAAUUAGCACAAGCGAUGAUGAGCCUUUUAUUUAAAAAAUUUAUUUCAACAAGUAGUAUAUAUUUUUCCUUACUCAAGAUAACAUCCAUAUCAUUUACAGAGGUUUAGAUGAGUAGAUUGUUAAGCCUUCAGAGAAGUAAUACACUUUUGAAGUUAUUGGAGUGUAAGAUCUACACUUAGAUGAAAAUAAUUACAAUAACUUUUAUGCUAUAACUUAAAAUAAAAUAAUCAACUUUUAAGUUGAAAAGAUGAAGCCAUAAAUCAGCUGUUUUUAUAAUUAAAGAGCAGAAAUCUAAGAAGAAAGGCUUAAUAAGUAUCUUAUUUAGUAUGUAAGCAGCUAAUGCUCUGAUAAUUCAACAAUGUAUUGUAAGUACGAAAUGGAAAUAAAUGCAUAUAUAGGAUAUACUAUCACUCGAUCUGAUACAGAAGCUUUUUUUAUAGGAUUGAUAUUUGGAGUAGUUUUGAUCUUAAUAAUUUUCAUUCUUUACUUUUUGAGAGCUAAAAAAAACUAAAAAAUUUAGAGUUAUAACUCCUUUCAUAACGAAAUGGUAUAAGAAAUGGAGUAAAGUGAAUAGUCAUCUCAUAACAAAGUUUGA